CGCGUUUUAGUAAGUCAACUAAAUGAAGGCUAUCUCCGCUUCGUUCAUUUUAUUUUCUGGGUUUAGUCGUGUGGAUUUCAGUUUAGUUUUUCACAAUGCUAACAUAAGAACCAGGAGAAUUGGGCCCUGCUAAGUAUUUCCUUGCAGUUCUUCAUGUGCACUUGAGUCUCCGAGCGCAGCCAAAGGAAUGACUUUGCGUGGCUGACGUCAGAAAUACCUCACCAGCAGCCCUGACGGUGGGAAGGGAGCUGCUGCAGUGGAAAUGAGGAGCAAUCGUGGAAGAGGAGUCAGUCCGACCUUGUCUGGCUCGCUGUCCCCCCCGUGCGUAAACGCCGCUAAAAUAGUUGGUGGCGCGUAAAGCCACUUGGGGCGCAUCCACCUUUGGUCUCAUUCAUGUUUUUUUAGUCGCAACACUUCCACGCCUGGGUGAUGUGCACAGGAAUACAUCGGCACUACUCCAACCUCUUCCGCAUAUUGGAUUUCAAUGCAAAGAGAAGGUCGCCAACGUCCCCCUAAGGAUACGAGGAAAUGAAGACUUGCGGCUGACACGGACUCUGUAUUUUCUUUUCUUUUUUACUUUUGAAACGUUUUUCUGCGCCGUUUUUUUUGUUCAUGAAGGGAUUUUGAUCAACUCGCGAGGCUUUCGCUCCAUAUGUGGGAUUAGUCGUUGCCCUGCAUGUAUUAGAAAUCAGUCGAGUUCUGGAUAACCCUGCGCGUUGUGCAGUGCACUGUUUCGAUCAUUAUGCAUUUGAUUUAAGACAAACGCCCCCGUCUAUGUAAAAAAAAAAAAAAAAAAGCACCACAAUUACGCCGGUAUGUCGAACGAGUCCAAUCGCCACAUUGUGGAAAAGUACAUCUGCCAUAAACUCUCCAAACGAGGCUACGUGUUCGGAUUCGACGACGUCGGGGAUGAAGACGCAGCCAACAACGGCUUAAUGGUUGUCCCGCCACCGACCCUGGUCCGCCGGUGCCGCGAAGCCGGGCCCGACGGAGAGAGCGUCUCGCACCUCUGCAAACGGCUCCCGCCGUCCGACCCGACCGCCGCCGCCACGCACCGAGUCCUGCGCGAGGCUGGGGACGAACUCGAGAGACUGUACCAGCCGGACUUCACGGAGAUGUCGCGGCAGCUGUACCUCACCUCCACCACGGCGCAGAGGAGAUUCGCCGAGGUGAUCGACGAACUGUUCCGGGACGGGGUGAACUGGGGCCGGAUCAUCGCUUUCUUCGAGUUCGGCGGGACGGUGUGCGUGGAGUGCGCCGCCAAGGAGGAGAUGACCUCGCAGGUGGACAACAUCGCGGAGUGGAUGACGGAGUAUUUGAAUGGACCGCUGAACAUCUGGAUACAAGAUAACGGGGGAUGGGACGCCUUUGUGGAGCUGUACGACAGGCAGAGGGACUCCCUCUUCAAUAGCUCCUGGCCCUCCAUCAAGACGGUCUUCGGUCUGGCUGCACUGGGGGCCGCUAGCCUCACCAUCGGAGCAUACCUCACACAGAAGUGAGCGCACCCCGACUCGCUCCCCCCCCUCCCCCUCCCUUCCAUUUUACAGAUUCCCACUGACCCCUUAGAGACAACCUUCAGACUUUCUCGAAUCGUGCUCUCUUCAAAGCCCCCCCUUUCAGAAAACUCCCUUCUCUUCUCCCCCCCCCCCUCCCCAUGUCAAGACAGACACAAAUCAGCUCAAUUGAAGCAACCAGAUGCACAGCCCGUACGGAGUAAAAAGGACGUCUUGAAACGAGGCAGCUUCGCUGUACUCGCGCCAGACGGAGUACGACAUCAACUGGCCUGCAUCUGUUCCGUUUUAUGUUUGUUCUGCCUGCUUCUGUCCCAGUUAUAGCAUGAAUGUGGAGUGUUAGAGUAGACGUCGCAUGUGUCAGAGCUCACGCGGGACCUCGUACUAGGAGGCCUCGACAAUGGAGGGUGCACGGACAAUGAUGCCCCACACUGGAGAGGCCACAGCCCCGCCCCCUGCCUGUUAGGGUGAAGAACCCCGUUUGAACCAUUGACUUCGGUUACACCCCCCCCCCCCUCCUCCUCCUCUCCCCCUGCAGCCCGUCCUUCAAAGGACUUCCUCCUCAGAACAGCUGCUCAGAAUGUAAAAUGGAAAUGGCUCGCUGGCUUGUGUCUACUGCUUUCACUCCUCAGACAGCUCCAGUGAUCUCUGAACACGCUCCGCCAUCACACUGCACCAAGGGCCAGGGGAGGACUGAGCUCCGAUGAUCUUUCCUCUGGAGCCUCGAGAGCUCCUCAAUCCCGAUCUUUGUGUGUGUGGGGUUUUUUUUGUGUUAUUUUUGCAGCAUGCCAAAUCCCCCAAACUGUGUUGUUUCAUCACAGAAAAUUGCUUUUCCGAGCAAAAAGAAAAGCUGAAGAAGCACAACAAGCAUGACAAUAAAUUCAUGAGUUGAUGAACACAUUGAGCACAAAGUAAAAGACUGAGGUAAAAGUAACGAAGCCUCUUAUUUGAAAUGUGGAUUCAUCAAGCGAGGCCAACGGAGACCAGCGCUCGGCAGAAAACCCUCACACAUCCGCACCGAGCGGCUCUUUGAGGCCAUCCACUGGUUUCCAUUUCCUACCAGCGCUCCCACACAGUCCACAUUCGGGACGAUUCCUGGGGCCCACCAGGCGUUUCCCAGCCGACUCAUCGUCAGCACGUGCCCCCCCCCCCACGCCGGAGUCCACUCGGACAAAAAGACGCACGUUUGACGUGGACGGAGAAAGAGAAAGUGGCCCGUGGGUUACAGACGGCGGCGUGGAACAGCGGCAGCAGGGCUCUCAGUGUAGGACUGAAGCGUCCCGUGUGCUGGAACCUGAGAUGUCCCUGAAAUGCAUUCACUCAUCGAUCCGGUUCAUUGAUGUUAGUCUUGUGUUACGGUCUGAUAGAAAAAUCUGGAAGUGCUUAUAAGCUCCGAAAUAUUUUGGUUUAUAUUUUGCAAUGUUUUUUUUCCUCUCUUUCUGUCCUCUGUCAUUUAAGAUGUUCAACUUCUUUGUUGCAUGGAUGAAAGGUCGGUAUGUCGUCACACAACAACAAUCAUAACAGAAUAGGGUAGCAUAUAUCGAAACAAAUAACAGCAAAGGAGGUGCAUUUUUCUAUUUAUUGAGAGGUACCUGACCACAGAUUUAUUAUCAGUACUUUAACAAAAAAUAGAUUUCACUUUUUAUAUUCUACGGAAUCACACUGUAAUUUUUUUUCCUGGCUGCUAUUAUAACAAGAAAAAUGAUUUUAAUUUUUGUGUUGUAUUAACUAUGGCUUAAGGCUGCUAUACUGUUGAUUUUACUUUUACUUACAGCUUAACCUGCCACAGAUUUACAGUAUAGUUCUAAAGAGCUGGAAACCAAAGUUAACGUGUAUUCAUCUUUAAUUUCAAAAAGAAAAAACAAAAAGUAGCUUAAGGAGAAUACUUCUCUUCAGUGAUUCUAUUCAGAGGUCUUCUCUCUGCGGAGGGUUUGUCUCGCGUUACUGUGCUAUCCGCUUAACUUUAGUCAGCGUUGUGCUCCCAUGAUAACUCACUGCUUAUCUGUAAAAUGUGGACCUGCCUGACUCAAACCUAGUUUCAGUUGUCACUAUCAACCCCAUUUCACAUUACAGCAGCUCACAGCGUGUGAAAUAUUUCUAGUGGUGUGUGUUUGUGUGUGUGUGUGUAAGAGGGCAUCAGAAGGUGAUUUAUGAGCAGUGAACGGCUCAACAGCAAUAUACUGUCAUUUUUAUAUUCUCUGUGCAUUUAUGAAUGUAGGCGCAAUGUUGCUGUACUGUUUCAUGUAUAAUCACAAACCUGUAGCACUUAAAAAAAAAAAGAAGAAAAAAAAAGUGAAUUGUGUUUCUGUUGUUUACUGCUUUAAUCCACAAUAAGCUAGCGGGAUCAUAUUGUUCCUAAUAAACCGGAUUUCUCAAGCA